UUGCUACGGAAACGCACCUAUUUCCUGCACUUCAACUUUCUAACUUCGAAGGAUUUGCGCAUUCAUUGACUUCUCACCCACACGUUCCCUCCUUGGCAAUAUGUCUACGGCGAAGUCGAACCGUCCUAAGGGAGGCGAUGUCAAGUAUCCCGAGGCUUCAUACUUCGCUCUGGGGCUCGGCCGGUCCGGCGGCACACCAGCCGCGAACACCCCUUCGGAGUCUCGAGCCUCAACCCCGUACUCCUCCACGGGGGAGAAGGCGCAAUUGUUGACGCCAAGCUCGAAGCCUCGUCGCUUCAAUUUUCCCGCCAAGGCCGUUCCCCUGUCGCUUAAGUCAUCGAAGGCAACGAUGAAGGACGCUGCUGGUCAGACGCGCCUUCAAGCAAGAUGGCUCGACAUCAACAAGGAGAAGCGCGGCGACUCUCAGUCCUCGUCCGCUGGUAGCAGCUCCUCCUCCGAUGGCGAUGCCCCGGACUAUCCUGCCGUCGUCCUGGACCUCGCGGACGAUGGCAGACCAUCGGAUGCCUCAUCGACGUCGGACGGCUCGCUCGUCUCCGGCCGUCGACCGUCGGAUGCAUCCUCGACAUCGGGUGGCUCCCUCCUCAUCUACGACCGUCGACCGUCUGGCCUCUCUGCAUCUCAGGACGCAGACGAAGCUCCUUCUCGCGUGGAGACCAUAGAUGAAGGUGGCGAUCUCCUGACCGCCGUCGAUGACGAGAAGAUUAAGCCUCGUCCCAUCGUUGCCCGGGACUUCGCUCGUCUGUGUGUCCCUCCGCCUGCUUUCCCCCGACGAGGAAGCAGCGACCGUUUCGCCGACAGACUCAGGCGCUCUUCCGGCACACUGUCGCGGUCGCCAUCCACCCAGUCUCUUUCUGCGAUGCCCUCGCCGCGCUACUCGCAGGGUUCGUUCAUGGCCAUGCCCAGUCCUUUGACAUCGCCGUCUGCACCUAACCUCACGGCCACGCCCACUGAGGAGACUCUCCUCGUCAGCCCUUGGUCGCGGCGCCCUAGCAAGAUGGGCAAGAGGCUCGAGGAAGCGAUUAACUUCGACCGCAUCCGCUCGCCUCUUGUGUCGCCUCGCGCAUUGCCCGAGAAGCCCAUCAGGCUCCCUGCGGUACACCCCGACUCGCAUCCAUACGCUGGCGUGCCAUUCCGCCCGACUCUGAGCCACUCGAGCAGCUCGUCCUCGUCGCGUUCCAGCUCCAGCUCCGACGAAGACGAUGAUGAGUUUGGCCUCGGCCCGCCGCCGGAGGUCCCUCCUGCGCUCGAAUACGUCGACCCGGAGAUCGAGUGUUUCGUACCGAACGCCUCGACGGCGACGCUGCCGAUCGCGGAAGCUCGCGCGUUGGAGUCGUCGGUCACGCAUCCGUGGGUCGAGCCGCCGUUCAAUAUCGUGCAGCGCCAGCAGCCGAAGAUCAGCCCGUUCCCGGCGACCUUUAAGAUUGUCGUCAGUCUGGGCGUCGUCUGCAGUCUGCUCGUUGGGUACGGUCUUGGCGUAAAGAUCGUCACCGUCGGGCCAUGGAGUUUCGGCAUGUACGGCCUGCUCCUGAUCAUCGACUUCAUCACUCAGACCAUCGCGGCAUCCUUCAAUCGUCGUCGGGUAAACAAGCUGACCGCGCAGUCGCCGUUGGUCAAGGGCGUCGCGGAGCGCCUAGCCGCUAAAGACCAGGUGCCCGCGCAGGAGCCUGCUCCUCUUCCCGAGUGCAGCAUCGCCGUCGUUGGUUAUCGUGAAGAUGAAGACGCUUGGAUUGCGUGCUUGAAGUCGCUUUGGGCGCAGGAGUACCCGAUCAAGCAUAUCAUUGGCGUUGUUGACGGAAACGACGGUCCUGAUAUGGACAUGGCCAACGCAUUCGGCAAGGCCUUCCCCGAGGAAGAGCGCCUCAUCGUCCACUUGCCGGUCCUACUCUCUGUCAUGUACAAGGAGAAGUACUGGGAGCAUAUCAACAGUCUCGGGCACACGCCGCUCACUCGCUGGCAAUUCUUCAAGAUGUGGCUCACCCAGGAUCCUCGCCCCGGUCAGGCGGAGGCGCACGAGGUCGCGUGGAACUACACGCUGAACUACGUCCACCAGAAGGCAGAGGAGGGGCGCUGGAAGGACUGGAAGGCCAUCUGUUUCUCUGAACCUCACGGCCACAAGCGUCACGCCAUGUUCACUGCAUUCAUUGUCGGCGCAUACGCCCUUGGUACCAAGGACGCGAUGCUCACUACCGACAGUGACACCUACGUUCACCCCGAUGCCGUGAAGAACAUGAUGGCUUUGCUGUUCAGUGAUGAAAGGUUGGCUGGUGUCACUGGCGACGUGCGGAUCUGGAACAAGAGUGACUCUUUCCUUGCGCUCAUGUCUUCCAUUCGUUACUGGUUCGCGUUCAACGUCGAGCGCGCUUGUCAGAGCGCCUUUGGCUGUGUUGGCUGCUUGUCCGGUCCUCUGGGGCUCUACAAGACGUCAGACCUGAUUUCCGUCCUGGGACCGUGGAUCCUCCAGUCGUUCCUCGGCAAGGAGACCACAUUCGGUGACGAUCGGCAUUUGUCGAACCGUAUCCUGUCCCUCGGACACAAGACAGGUUACACCCACCUUGCGAUGUGCGACUCCGACACGCCUGCUGGCUACGUCCGCUGGGUCAAGCAACAGACGCGUUGGUCAAAGUCCUUCUUCCGUGAGGCGUUCUGGUUCCCCAAGAGCUUCGCGUUCCACCGCUUCUGGUUGACGGUCGAGACGAGCAAGCAGUUCCUGUAUCCGUUCGUCUUGACGGCCACCGUUAUGCGCAUGCUCUACCACCCGUCAGGCUGGAUCCGCCCCCUCAUCUGGCUCGGGACAAUGUUCGGUGUGGCUGUCAUCAAGUCCAUCUACGGCGUGAUCUGCUUGCGCGACCCGCGCCAGUUCCUCUUCGGCAUCUACGGUUUCAUGUACUUCUUCGGACUGUUGCCUUCCAAGCUGUUCGCUUGUUUCACUGUUCAUGUCACGAACUGGGGUACAUCGGCACGCUCAAAGUCGGAAUACGCACGUCCCGAGUCAUUCCUUUCCCGCACGACACAUGUCGGUCACCUCGUCGUUUGGUACAUGAUGCUCUCCCUCGGUCUCGCCUACCUGCUCGCCACCGUCUUCCACAAUCCGUUGUUCUGGGUCGUUGGCGGAAUUGGACUUGGCCUCUCUGCGCAAGCCUACUCCGAUGUCAUCGUCGGCGAGUCCAAGUACGCGUUCUACGUGCUUCGCAAGAAGUACCGGAUGUGGCGCGCGAGCAAGAACACGGUCACGGACGAGGAGCGCAUCGCGAAUAAGCCGGUGCGUGGUGCAUUCAAGAAGAUGCGUCGCGGCAAGCGGUCAAGCAAGAAGGCUAAGACGGCCAACGAGGUUGCACUCGAGGCACCCGCUGUCGUCGAAGACGAAUCGGCGACCGUUGUGUUCGAUGCACCCACGCCGUUCUUGGAACCGGAAAACGCGCGUGUCAACCUCCCCGCAGCGAUGCCUGUCGUCGAUCACCGCCAUGCCGAAGUCGAUCCUCUCGCCCCCGUUCCCGCUGCGGCGCCUACUAUCUUCGUCGAGCCGGCGGAAGCCCAGGACCCAUCCCAGAUCACUCCUGCUCAGUUCGGCGACGACAGGAAGGCCUCUGUCGGCACGACGGCCACCGCCUCAUCAUUCGAUUCUUCGAGCACACCGUCUGGCUCAACGGACAGCUUGGGCAGUCUCGGACGUCGUUCCAAUGCCCUCGUCUCGCUUUCUAAGAGCCAGAAGACAGGGCGGUCGGGCAAGGUGUUCCACCUCGCUUCGCAGCUGACAAAACAGUGGGGUGUCCUCGGUGCGAUCGAGGAAACGCCUGCAACGAAAGACAGCGAGAAGUUGGUGCAGAAUGAGAAGUUGGUGCAGCGCGAUGAAUUGGAUGCGAUUCAAGAGUUGCCAAUGACGCCAGGGGCGAUGACCGUUUUCUAACAUUUCUAUCAUUACAUAUCUUGCAUUGUAGCGUUAGUAGCAAUCCUUCUAUAUCUCAUGAGCAAUCGAUGUAAAUAUAUGACAAUCCAGUUAGAGUGCGGCUGAUGCUCCUUAGCCGCAUGAAUCAUUGAAUGAGACAUGCACUUUACGCACAUUCAUUCGUCAUGCCGCUGCCGUGUAAUGUUGACUUUUUUCGCCGUGGCCCGUUUCGCAAG